GACAAUCAUGAGUCGUGUGCCGCCGUUUCCAUUUCCUUCUGUCUGUGUCUUUGCCGCCCAUUAAUGCGGUAGCAGUUCUGCUGGAUCGGUAUUAAAGCAGUCACCUCUGCACGUUGCUCUUUCUCUCCGUCGUCCCCAAUGGCUGGCCUCGAUCCCCAAGCCCCUGUUUACGUUCCAGCUUCACACGAUAUCACUCCAUUUGGAAGCUACUAUUACUCCUCUUCGCGAACUUGCUAUGUUGUGUUCAACCAAUCUAUGCAGGUCACUCCAUAUUUCGAGCUUUGUCCCUACCCACCACCACCACCUCCUCCUCCUCCUCCUCCGCAUGGACUUGUUUACAGCACUUAUUGUGCUUGCUGGAAAGGGUUUUCCUGGAGUGAGAUCCAUUCGAUCCCUCUCCAGCUGCCUGUAGCUGAUGAUAGGAUUCCUUCGACUCAUCUAAGCAAGGAGGAGGAAGAGGAGAGCCUCGAGCCUGACACCAAGGUGAACGAAGAGGUGCAGUGUGAGGCUGCUGCCGAAGCUCGGAAGGGUAGUUUCAAAAGGUUUGGAUGCGGUGGUUCCUUUGGUUGGAGAAGGAAGGCUUCCGUGCCGAGGGCCAGGAGCCGGAGGAAGGAAUCUGAGCUCACGGGAGAUGAGAAUGUUGCAGUUGAGGUUGAUGGUGGAAAGACCACAGUCAUGAUCAAGAACUUGCCCAACAAAUUCACCAAGGAGAAGCUGUUAGGUAUACUAGACCAGCACUGCUAUGAAGAGAACCAGAAGAUAAUGGAAGAAGGAAAUGAGAAGUCACUGGAGCUGGGAAAGGGAGAUAUCUCAUCAACCACUUUGUCCAAGUUCGAUUUCUUGUACCUGCCUAUAGAUUUCAAGUGA